AUUACUUUAGAAACGACUUUGUUUGUUAUGGCGUUUUGUUGACCGCUUAAGCUAGCAUGUUGUUGGCUAACUAGUUAGCUUGCUAAAUAGGUAACACUUUCAUUUUCAAUUUCUCGACCUGACCAGUAUGUGGCUCAGAGUAGGCGUUUUAACCCGUGUUUUAUUUUAAUAUUAUAUAAUUCACCCUAACUGUAUUAAGUCAAGAUUUCAGACAUGUUAAUUUUAAGGGGUUGUUUCAAUCUGUUAGUUGUUUAUUGCUUUUUUAUUAUUACUUACGCCGACGAAAACAUUGACGACGAUGAUGAAUGGGUCGACCCGUUUGACAUGCUAAACUACGAUCACUCUACACAAACCAUGAAAAAGCCUGCUGAGUCCUCCAGCUACGGGAAAACGAAGAGAAAAGACUUCAAUUCAGAGUCCUGUCAGAGAGCAGAAAGUCCAGAUAUCACCGAAUGUACCAACAAGCUCAACAUGUUACAAAAAGAGAUCAUGGAACACAAAAGGAAGGGGCAAAUUUUUAAACCACAUCCAACGUGUCACCCAGUGUUCAAGCGCUUCCUCUUAAAGCUUCUGAAGGAAAUUGGGAAAAUUGGCUUGCCCACUGAUGCCAGUGCUGAAGAGCACUACGAUGCUGAGGUGAAACUGUCGAAGCAGAUGGUGGAAGAGAUCCAAAACCUUGUUAAUGAUGAUGGGAGAUGGAGAACUGGAGCUCUGGAUAAUGCUCUCAGCCAAAUACUUGUCAACUUUAAAUUCCAUGACUAUGAGGCCUGGAAGUGGCGCUUUGAGGAUACGUUUGGUGUUGAGCCAUACACUAUUUUAAUGGUUUCCCUCUGCGUGCUGGUCAUUGUUGCCAUAAUCUGCACUGAGUUGUGGUCCACUGUGUCGUGGUUUGUUCAGUUUAGGAGAAUGUUUGCCAUCUGCUUCUUCAUAAGUCUAAUAUGGAACUGGUUCUAUCUCUACAAGACUGCCUUUGCUGAGCACCAGGCCAACAUUGUAAAGAUGGAGAACGUAAAUGAGAAAUGCACUGGACUGAAGAAACUUGACUGGAAGGACAAUAUUAAAGAGUGGUUUAGGACUACAUGGACUCUUCAGGAUGACCCUUGUAAGAUGUACUAUGAAGUCCUUGUUGUGAACCCAAUCCUACUUGUGCCUCCAAUGAAGGCCAUCACGAUGACCCUCACCACUUUUAUCACUGACCCUCUGAAACACUUAGGACAGGGCAUUAGUGAGUUUCUUCGAGCCUUAUUUAAGGACCUGCCAGUCACACUUCAAAUCCCGGUUCUACUUUUGAUCACGGCUGCUAUUGUGGUGUUCAUGUACAGUUGUGGCCAAGCAGCGGUCCAGCAUGCCUUUUUACGGCCUUUGCGAGGUGGUCGACGAGACCCUUUUGGUGGAAUUGAGCAGCAACCACAAAAUCCUCCAUUGCAGGGGAUGGAAGAAGAACAGAACAGAGCCCGGUGGGCAGGAGGUGAUGCCAAUCACCGCUUACAACCUAGACAGCUCGCUGGUCAAGAAGGGAACAGAGCCAACCAAAGGGCUAACCUACCUAACCAAGAGAACCACGAGCCUGAAGUUCGGCAUGUAGAAACCUUGAGAAAUGCAGACGAUCUUUACCUCGGGGAUGAGACUGACGUCCAAAAUGUGGCUCCGGCUGAGGAUUCAGUUCAACACGCAGAGGAAGAACCUGUGACUGACGACAAUGUGACAACGAAGGAAAAUGAGGCAUCAGCUGAGAAGACGGUGCUAAAACCUCCUCAGGCUGCAUCCAAGAGUAACGCUGCUAAAGGUGACAACGUAGAUACCAAAACAUCAGGAAAUGCUACAAGUAAUAUGGUGGGGGAUUUGGCAACAGCUUCAGUCACGUCGGUGAAAACGGACAGUGUGGAAAACAUUGGUGUUCCAGUUCAAGAAACAAAUUCAUAAUUAUUAAACUUCAUUGUAGCUUUUUUAAAUUACCAUGGUACCAUGUUUAUAACUUGGCUUUUUUUUCCAUGCUGUUGCACAAACGAUGAGGUAAAGAUUAUUACUGAUUGAAACACUAAGUGAAACUACAGCCUAGCCAUUGGGGGGUGCACUUGUCAGUGCGCUCUCAGUGUCGACCCCAGGCUCAGAUAAAAAUAAAGAGGGUUGCGUCAGCAUCAGGAAGGACAUCCAGCGUAAUAACUGUGCCAAAUCAGGUAUGUGGACUUGAAUGAUCCACUGUGGUGACUAGUAAAUACCAAAAGUCUGUAAACACAUGGUUUGACAGGUUUGGUAGACAGAUAGAGGAACUUCAGUGGCCUACACAGAAACCUGACUUCACAAAGCUUACAAAUGGACACAGUGGGGACAAAAAAGAAAAGUAAAGGCUGUUAAAUUUGAAGUUUAUUUUUUACCUCUGGUUACGGUCUUUAAAGUUCCAAGCAUGUCUGCUUGAGUAUAAAUUGAAACCAUAAUCUUACAAAAAAAUAGGUGGUUUAGCUACUUUAUCUUGCUUAUAGGAUGUAUUUUUUAAUUAUUGAGUUAUUUGCAUAUCAUUAAUAAAUCAAGUUAUUUUUAAGUAUA